AUGAAAAAAGAUUAUGUUGAUGCUGUAGAAACAAAGUAUUCUAGGCAGUUGGAGUCUGUUAACUUUUCACAAGCGAAACCAACAUCAGAUUUUUUGAACAAAACUUUUGUCAAACACUUAAAUUUUCAACUUGACAAUUUCUUGCAAUCUUUUAAAAUUGUUGGAUCAACAGAAGAACAAACACAUUCCAAGAUAAAGAAUAUAGUGUAUCCUGAUGUUAUCAAGCCAGAUAUACGUAUGAUGAUUUUGAACGCAGUUUACUUCAGAGCCAAUUGGGCAUCGGUUUUUAAUACAGAGUUCACUUCAAAGAAACCGUUUUGUGCUGCUGAGAAGGAAGAGCGAGAGGUUGAAAUGAUGCACAAGAAUGACAAUUUAGAUUAUUAUGCUGAUGAAAAUACUCAAGUACUGGGACUUCCUUAUGUUGGAGGAGAAUUAGAAAUGUAUUUUCUGCUACCUGUUGAAAAAAUCGGCCUUACAAAGCUUUUGGCAAACAUGGAUGGGAAAAAGUUGAUGCAAUUUAUUAGAGAAGUCAAAUGGAUCAAAGUCAAGGCACAAAUUCCAAAAUUUCGUGUGGAAAAAGAAUAUGAACUAAAAGAAGUUUUGGGUAGCAUGGGAAUGGCAGAAGCCUUUAUGCCAAGUGCGAAUUUCAGUAAAAUGAGCACGGAGCCGCUUUAUAUAUCAAAGGUUAUUCACAAGACUUUCAUUGAGAACUCGCUCGUCACUGCCGGUACUAAUAUUACUGCUCAUAAAUUAACCCUCGUGAAUACGGCUGAGCAAAGUGAUAAUGUAGCUGUGCUUUGGGACGAUAAUCCCCAUUUGUCGAAAAAAAAGACAGUAAAGGAAGGCAAACAGAGGACAAUUCGUACAGCGAUCACAAUCGACUGUGACAAAAUAAUUGUGCUUCUAGAGGACAAAUCCUACUUAUCGAAAUGCUGA